CUCCUCUGCUGGAUAGGAGCGAAAGGUUCAGCCCAAGUUUCCUGCCCCCCCCCCGUCUCUUGCAGAAAAGAAGAACUUGAGAGAGAGAAAAAGAGACAGAGCGAGAGAGAAGCGACUUCCCCACAGACACAACUCAGGCAGCAGCAUGAGUAGGAAGGUUGUUCGCACCAGUAAGUUCCGCCAUGUUUUUGGCCAAGCGGUUAAAGCCGACCAAUGUUACGACGAUAUCCGGGUCUCUCAGAACACCUGGGACUCCAACUUCUGCUGCGUCAACCCCAAAUUCCUGGCCAUAGUGGUAGAGGCCAGCGGAGGCGGGGCCUUCAUGGUACUGCCCCUCUCUAAGACGGGGCGUCUGGACAAGUCUCAGCCUGUGGUUUGUGGUCACACUGGGCCAGUACUGGAUAUUGACUGGUGCCCCCAUAAUGACAAUGUCAUUGCCAGCGGAUCAGAGGACUGCAGUGUCAUGGUGUGGGAGAUUCCGGAUGGAGGGCUGACUCGCUCACUCACAGAACCACUAGUUACACUGGAGGGACACACAAAGCGAGUGGGAAUUGUCCUGUGGCACCCCACAGCUCUGAAUAUACUGCUGAGUGCAGGCUGUGACAAUGUGAUCAUGAUCUGGGACGUGGGCGCGGGGCAGGGCGUUAUCUCUAUAGAUGAGACACACACAGACCUCAUAUACAGUGUUGCCUGGAACCCAAGUGGCAGCCUUCUGUACUCCUGUAAGGACAAGAAACAUCCAUAAUAUGAAUCAUGUACCCCAGAGAAGGAAAAGCCCCACGAGGGCAGCCGGCCGGUCCGCGCCAUAUUUGUUUCUGAUGAGCAAAUACUGACCACGGGGUUCAGCCGCAUGAGCGAGAGACAAGUGGCCCUGUGGGACCUGAAAUCCCUGAAUGAGCCCCUGACCCUGCAGGAGUUGGACACGAGCAGUGGAGUCCUCAUUCCCUUCUUCGACCCCGACACCAACGUUGUGUAUCUGUGCGGGAAGGGGGACAGCAGUAUCCGCUACUUCGAGGUGACGGACGAGGCCCCCUACGUGCACUACCUGUCCCUGUACACCAGUAAGGAUUCCCAGAGGGGGAUGGGCUACAUGCCUAAACGGGGCCUCGAGGUCAAUAAAUGUGAGAUUGCCCGGUUCUACAAACUGCAUGAAAGGAAGUGUGAGCCCAUAAUCAUGACUGUCCCACGCAAGUCAGACCUGUUCCAGGAGGAUUUGUACCCCAACACGGUGGGGCCCGAACCUGCCCUGACAGCAGAGGAGUGGCUGGGGGGAAAGGACGCCGGCCCCUUGCUCAUCUCUUUGCGGGAAGGUUAUGCCCCGAGCAAGAGCCGAGAACUCAAAAUCACCAAGAACGUCCUGAACACGCGGCUCCCCAAAAGCGUUGGGUCGACCAACAAGAGCGGAAGCAGCGGGGAGCCGGCGCUGGAGCAGAUCCUGGAGCAGAUAAAGCAGCUGAGAGUCACAAUACAGGGACUGGAGAAGCGAGUGGCGGAGCUGGAGGAGAAAGCGGCCAAUUAACUGCAGCCGUCACCCUCCCAUUCCCUCAUCUCAUUCCAAAUUCUAAUACAUUGCAGUGAAUGGUACAAUACACACUGAAAGAGCCUUGUGUUUAACUGGUGCUCGACUAAUAAUGUUCCCCAUAUCAAUAGAAUAAGAUCCCUGGGGCCCCCAUUGAGUCCAACUCCCAGAAGGCCGCACCCUCCCUGUACAGACAGGACCCAAAAUAGGUCAAUACGCCGUCAGAACACAGGCCUGAUUGAAUUGUUUUCUUCCAGCACUCAAGGUGUUAAACUCAUUUUGCCAAUAAACAAUAAAAUGUGA